AUGUCGACUCUGACUUUCUCCCUCCCUCCGUCCGACGGGUCGUUGAGUAUACCCCAAGUCUACGACUACCACUAUGUCCACAAUGCCGGUGCUCCUCUGUUCAAGUACCGCGCUAGUAAUGGGGAAGUCAAGACACUAUCUUGGGCUACAAGUGUUCGCGCCAUACAUCGCGUCGCCCGCCUGAUUCAAGCCUAUGUCGAAAAUGCUGGUCAACGAGGGUCCGGCUCGAAUCCCGUGGUUUUCGCGAUCUUAGCAUCCAUAGACUCAUUCACUUACUUUGCAUUAAUGGCUGGGAUCAUUCGUGCUGGCCAUGUGGCGUUCCCGAUUUCCACGCGAAAUUCACAGCUGGGGACAGCCCAUCUUCUCAGGGAAAGCGGCGCAAAAUACCUGUUCCUCAGCAAAGAUGACGUUCAUCAGAAACUUGGUACUGAAGCCAAGAAUAUAGUUCUGCAGGAGGGCACCCGGGAUAUUACAAUUGUCUCACCCCCCGAGUAUGCUGAACUCUUUGAGAAAGAGGACGCGCAUUUCGAGCUUCUCUCGCCGAUGUCCAAGCCGAAGGAGCAGCAGCCCGCUUUGAUACUGCACUCGUCAGGAUCAACUGCUUUUCCGAAACCGAUCACUCUUACGCACCGUAUAUUGUUACAGUGGGGAUGCUUACCUUACUUUGGAGAGACGAAAUUAUGUGGGAAGGUGUUAUCAUGCCAUUCUCUUCCCAUGUUCCAUGCGAUGGGCGCCAUUCAGCUCAUGUGGACGGCAAUGAACGGACUGAUCAUGUCUGCGUUCGCUCCGGCUGAUCCUCCUAUUGUUCCCUCGCCCGACCGUGUCUUCGAGGAUGCCAUCGGCACGGGUAGCAAUUUUGUGUUCUGCGUGCCCGCUUUCGUUGAAUAUUGGUCAAGAGACCCGUCCAGGAUCCAGAAGAUGAAAGAAUUAUCUUCCAUCAUCUUCGCUGGUGCUCCUAUGAAUCAAGCAGUUGGAGACAUGUUGGUGGGACAAGGCGUGCCCCUGGUACCGUUCUAUGGCGCGACUGAGAUUGGAUGCGUAGUAACCUUUUUGCCCAAGGGACCCGCGAAGGAAGGGUGGGAAUAUUUCACUGCAAGUCGACAGGCCAUUUCCAAACAUUGUCAACCGGUGUUCCUACCACAAGAGACAGCGGACGACAUCUUCGAACUGGCACUCGUGGAUUGCGACUCCCACACGCCUUGCGUGCUAAACCAUAAAAUAGACGGCAAAGCUGCGUAUGCGACGAAUGAUCUCCUGAUCAGGCACCCGACAAACCCCAAUCUGUGGAAAAUUUAUGGACGAGCGGACGAUCAGAUUAUGCAUUCCACGGGGGAAAAGACGAAUCCAGGUCCAUUGGAGGCUAUACUUUGCACCGACCCUUUGAUCAGCAACGCUGUCAUGUUUGGACGAGGCAAAUUCCACGCUGGGGUCAUCGUCGAGCCUGUCCCCGCUCAGCGCUUCGAUCCCAGCGACCUGGAGCGGCUCGCGGAAUACAGAAAUCAAAUAUGGCCGACCGUGGAGAAGGUUAACGCGUACGCCCCGACCCAUUCGCGAAUCUUCAAGGAGAUGAUCCUCGUGACGAACCCCAGCAAGCCAUUCGAACUGACGCCUAAAGGCACUCCGAGGCGCCACGUCGUAUUGGCUGCGUACGAACAGGAGAUCGAGAAGGCGUACGCCGAUGUUGCCGAGUCGUCUCAGAUAGAACUACCGACUCCGAAGACGUGGGAUAUCGAGGAAAGCGUGAACUUCGUGCGCGCGGCGCUCGAUAAUGUGCUGAAAGAGAAGGUUGGGGAUGAGGAUGACAUAUUCCAGCAUGGAUGCGACAGUCUGCAAGCUACGUGGAUCCGCAACACGAUCCUGCACGCACUGCGCGAGUCCAAAGUCCCUACUCGGCACAUCCCGCAUAACUUUGUCUACCAGUAUCCCACCGUGCGCAAACUCGGUGCCUUCCUCGCCUCGACGGCGCAGCCCGGCGCGUCCGCCGCCACCCCGUCCGCAGAUGGUAUGAAGCUGCUAGCGGACAAGUACAGCGCCCAAUUCCCAGCGCACUCUCCCAGCGUCCCCGUGCCCAACGCGGAAGCGGUUCUGGUUACGGGGACCACGGGCCGGCUAGGGUGUCACAUUCUCGCCACGCUGCUCGCGCAAUCCUCGGUGGCGCGCGUCUUUGCGCUUAACCGAAAGGAUGCAAGGACCCAGCGUGGACUCGAAGCCAGGCAGAAGAUUGCGCUAGAGGACCAAGGCUUGUCGCCGGAGCUAGUGCAUCAUGAAAAGCUUUCGUUGUUGGAGGGCGACGUGGUGUCAUCGCAAUUCGGGCUGGAUGGUGCUAUAUUCAAGGCCAUGCAAGAAUCGGUGACUUGCAUUAUUCACAACGCCUGGCGCGUAGAUUUCAAUGUGUCCCUCAGCUCCAUGGAGCCUAUGGUCGCGGGGACUCGCAACCUACUCGACUUCGCUCUGUCCUCGAAAUUCACUUCCCCGCCCAAGUUCCUCUUCGUGAGCUCACUAAGCGUGUACAGGA